AACAGAAAAGAGAGUAUAAAACAUUAUUCUCGAAUUAGGGUUUUCCACUGAUCUCCGAGCACACACCACUACUCUGUUCCUCAGAUUCAACACCACCUUGCGUGGCGCCAAUGGGAAAAGCCUUCGACAUCGGAGCCGUUCCGUUCAACGCCGACGGGUGGGGUCCGCCGGACAACGCGACCUCAGGCAGCAACAACAACAACCUCCCUCUGAACGUCCCCUUCGCCCCCUUCUCCCGCUCCGACAAAUUGGGCCGCAUCGCCGACUGGACCCGCAACUUCAACAAUCCGACCCGCUCCAAGAACCCCGCCGAUGCCGUCUUCGACUUCGCCAACGACGACUCCUUCCCCGCCUCCGCCGACGACGACGCCUCCUUCCGCCUCGUCGACGGAAAGCCCCCGCCGCGCCCCAAAUUCGGCCCCAAGUGGCGCUUCCAGCAGCAGCGCCAGCUCCCUCAGCGGCGCGACGAGGAAGUCGAGGCCAAGAAGCGCGAGCAGGAGAAGGAACGAGCCCGCAGAGACCGUCUCUACCACAUGAACCGCUCAAACCCUAACCAACAGCGCCGCGAAGCCGCCGUCUUCAAAUCCUCCGUGGAUAUCCAACCCGAGUGGAACAUGCAUGACCAGAUCCCCUUCAGCACCUUCUCCAAGCUCUCCUUCACCGUUCCCGAACCCGAAGACCUCCUCCUCUGCGGCGCCCUCGAGUAUUACGACCGCACCUACGAUCGGAUCACUCCCAAAAACGAACGCCGCCUCGAACGCUUCAAGAAUCGGAACUUCUUCAAAGUCACCACCACCGACGACCCCGUCAUUCGCAGACUCGCCAACGAGGACAAAGCCACCGUUUUCGCCACCGACACGAUUCUCUCCACUCUCAUGUGUGCUCCCAGGUCUGUUUAUUCCUGGGACAUUGUCGUUCAGCGUGUGGGGAAUAAGCUCUUCUUCGAUAAGCGCGAUGGGUCGCAGCUUGAUUUGCUCUCUGUUCACGAGACCUCGCAGGAGCCAUUGCCUGAGUCGAAGGAUGACAUUAACUCUGCUCAUUCGUUGAGCGUUGAGGCUGCUUAUAUUAACCAGAAUUUUUCGCAGCAGGUGCUUAUUAGGGAUGGGAAUAAGGUUACUUUUGAUGAGGCUAACCCUUUUGCGAAUGAGGGUGAGGAGGUUGCUUCUGUGGCUUAUAGGUAUAGGAGGUGGAAGCUUGAUGAUGAUAUGUAUCUUGUUGCGAGGUGUGAGGUGCAUAGUGUUGUUGAUGUGAACAAGCAGAGGUCGUUCCUUACUUUGAAUGCGUUGAACGAGUUUGAUCCUAAGUAUUCCGGUGUGGAUUGGAGGCAGAAGUUGGAGACUCAGAGGGGUGCUGUGUUGGCUACUGAACUUAAGAACAAUGCGAAUAAGUUGGCUAAGUGGACUGCUCAGGCUCUUUUGGCGAGUGCGGAUACAAUGAAGUUAGGGUAUGUGUCGAGGAUUCAUCCCCGCGAUCAUUUCAAUCAUGUGAUUUUGGCUGUGGUUGGCUAUAAACCCAGGGACUUUGCAGCACAGAUUAAUUUGAACACGACGAAUAUGUGGGGGAUUGUGAAGUCUAUUGUGGACUUGUGCAUGAAAUUGAAUGAGGGGAAGUAUGUUCUUGUGAAGGAUCCAUCUAAGCCCCAGGUUAGGAUUUACGAGGUUCCCGCGGAUGCGUUUGAAAAUGACUAUGUGGAGGAGCCACUUCCGGAGGAUGAACAAGUUCAGCCUCCAGCAGAAGGCGCCGAGGGGGGAGAAGCAGCCGCUACUACUAAUGAUGUGGAAGACAAGCAGAUAGAUGGUCAAGCUUAAAAGGUCAGAUGUUUAUUGGAGUAGAUGUGGCCGUUCAUUUGUGAACAGAUCGCACUCAGAAUAAUUUUCUUUAACACUGCUUUGUCGGCCAAAAUUUUGCAAUGUGAUGUUCCUUUGGACCAAAAGUUUAAAGCAAAACCUGAGUUUUUUUUUUUUCUUUCUAUGCUACAGCUGUUUAUGAUUUACAGACCUUAGCAUAUUUAAGUGGAAGCACCAAAGCAACAUCUUUCAAAAUUGUAUUUGGGCUUAGGGUUAUUAUUUUAUGGUUUACAAAUUUCCAUGUUGGCAGAGUGAUGUUGAGAUUCGCAAGCUACAAACAUUAAUUUAGUUUGUUAUAGUGCGCUCUAUUGUCAACGACCAAAUUAGUAUGAUAAAAACAUGCUUUUAUUUCUUUA